CUCAGUUAUCUAGUGGCACUGCCCAAUCUGUCUAACCAGAUUUUGACGAUCUUGACCGUCAGCCUAGCUAGAAAUCCUCUCCCAGAGAGAGAGAGGACCCAUUGAAGGGAAGGAUUGGACCUGAUUGGACCCAACGCCCAAAAUGGGGUUGAAACAAGAAGCCUGGGAAAUGUGGCGUGCCGUGCCUCCGGCUAUUGAAUCCGUGUCCUCGUCCCGCUCCGUCAGUCCGUCCAGUCCGUUCGAUGAGGCCCCAGACCCGCCUACCAGCCUUCUGGCCGCCCCCGUGGCUGGCCAACCGACACUCAGUCUGUCGCUCCCCAUUUUGUCACCCGUGAAGCUAAACCGACCCGCGUCCUGGAACCCUCGGGCGUGGGCCGACCCUGAGGAACGGGGCCGAGACUUGGCGGGCGCCCAGCCUCCGCCUUUGCGUCAACCCGUCACUCAGGUGGUUGAGGACAUCUUGAGCAAUAAGCACUUGAAAAACGGAAAAUGUGAGACCACGCCUGAAAAGAGCUUUCGUUGCUGGGGAGGCAUUGGGGACGAUGAGGCAAGUUCGACUGUUUUAAUGCCGGAUUGGAAUCCAACGAUGUCAGACCAACAGUUAAUGACUCGGUCGUUUGACCGGGAUGCAACUCCCUCAGCUACGAGGGCAACCAAGAUGUGCCAUCGCACCUCCCAUGGGAUUGCUGGGCGGCAGUGAAUCGAUCCGAUUUUCGUUUGGCGUGGCAUGAAACAGGUUGACAUUUAUGAAAAAGUAAAGAAUUUUUGCAAUACACUAACGAAACUAA